AUGGCGGCGACUCUCAGUGACUGCAGCGAAGAUGAUACCGUCGUCAUCGACCGCGACGAUGUCAGCAACUACAACCCAGAACAGAUUCUUCCAGAAUCUGAUGGAGUAAUCAAAAGCCUCAGAUCGUGGCUCAAGCCGACUUCGUACGACCUCGAAAGCGGUGAAUAUCGCAAGCACCUCAGCUCUCACGUCCUAGGCACUGGUGAAUGGCUCACAUCCAGCUGUACCUAUGCAGACUGGUCGCAAGGCCACAAUGAUGGUCUACUCUGGAUCACAGGAAUCCCUGGAUCGGGCAAAUCAGUGUUAGCCUCAAAAAUCGUGGACGAACUUGGGAAUAAAAACCCCGGCUGCCCUGUGCUCUACUUCUUCUUUCGCCAGAUUAUUGACGCCAAUCACGAGCCUGUCGCCCUCUUGAGAGAUUGGUUAGACCAAGUUCUCGUUUACAGUCCACCUCUGCAAAAGCGGCUCAAGGAGUACACUGAGAAAGAAAAAAAGCCGCUCAGUACUAUGUCUAUGAACGAUCUAUGGAAAGACCUUCGACUGGCACUUUCCGGAUUUCCUGACAAGGUCUUCUGCGUCGCUGACGCCCUUGAUGAGAUUGAUCACGGAAACGAGGCCUUCAUCAAAGCACUUGCCGACCUCGGAAAUUGGAUGCCGGGAAAGGUGAAAGUGCUUAUCACUAGCCGGCCUGUCCCCUCCGUCGAAAUCCCACUACGAACAACAAAGUAUCUCCAGAUUCGCCUCCAAGGGAGCAUGGUUGACGUCGACAUCUCAGCCUUUGUCCAAAAAGGCCUCGACAUAUCAAGCAUCUUACCGGAAGACCAACAAAUUAUCCGAGAAGCAAUUCCAGGCCGGGCGAAUGGCCUUUUCCUCUACGCCAAGCUUGCCAUGGAUGCCUUCCUUAAGCCAAACGCCAACACCAAGGACACUCUCAAGAGUUUGCCGGCCGACAUGAAUGCCAUGUAUGCGGAUUUACUACGCGAGCACUCCCGCAGGUCUGGCGUUCGUGAUGACAUGCAACGGGUUGUGCUGCAAUGGGCCACACAUGCAACGCGGCCGCUCCGGUUGCUUGAGCUGGCUGAAAUGAUCUCCGUUACAUAUUACAGCAAUGCAACCGAGCAUCUUCGAAACACAAAAGACCUUGUUAGGGCUGCAUGUGGUCCUCUUCUGGAAAUUAUGCCUGAUGAGACUGUCUGUGUCAUCCACCAUUCUUUCACAGAGUAUCUCCAGGGCAUCAGUAGACUAGCCGAUGAUGACACAGGUUACCCAGUGCUAGAAUUCGGGGAGACGCACGCCAGCCUUGGGUUGGCAUGUUUGCGCUAUUUGAAGGCUGGGUGUCUUGAUCACGUUGUUGAAAAAAACAAGUGGCUGAAGGCGCCUGGAAGGCUUCCAAACAGUAGAGGCGCUAACGAUCUGGAGUUGAACCUCAAAUAUCCCUUUCUUACGUAUGCGGCGAACAACUGGUAUGUCCACCUAGAGAGAUCGGCGAAGGACGGUUACAACCAAACCAAGGUGAUUACAGCACUGGAACAAUUCUUUGGCAACUCCGAACUAGUGUAUGCUUGGCUCAGAGUCGGCUGGUUGAGGGCCAAGGACGCGAUUUCUGGAUUAACUCCCUUGCACAUCGCAGCCAAAAGUGGGCUUGUUGAGUAUGUGAAGCAUUUGGUCUCGUCUCCUGAUGUGGCUGUCGAUGCAAUUGAUGCUGAGGGAAAGACGGCUCUAUGGUGGGCUGCGUCUUUUGGAAUGGCAGAAGUCGUCCAGGUCUUGAUUGAAGCUGGUGCCAGCCCGGAUCAGGAUGACGCCUGCCGUGGUCUGAAGCCGCUACAUGAAGCGUCGAGCAAGAACUACCCCGAGGUCAUCAGAGUACUGUUGACAGCGGGAGUUAAUCCCUUAACAGAAAAGUCACGAGAGGACCCAGGCAGACGGUGCGGCAACUCGCCAAGGUCUACAGGACACACUCCUCUGAUGUACGCUUGCAAGCAUGGGCAUCUCGAAGCAAUUGAAGCCUACAUGCCCUUCCUCGCUGAUAACGACGAAGCCGUGUACCAAGCCUUGUCAUGGGCAGCUAGAAGUGGCAGAACCAACAUCGUCGCAAGACUGUUGGAGCAUCCCGGAAUCGACAUCAACCGUAAAGUUCAUGGAGUAACGCCACUCUUUCAGGCAAGUCAGAGUUGGAGCUAUGAGUCCAUCAAAUUGCUCCUCAACGAGGGCGCAAAUCCCACGAUUGUCUGCCAGUUACAAGACAUGUUUAGAAGAAGACAUACCAUCCCGUACGAUUUAUUCAUAGAUCCAGGCGAAGCCGAUAACAACAACAACAAUUGUGUUCCAUAUCACAGGAGAUCUGGCCUAACCGCCCUCUACAUGGCUCUCGAUGGCCGUCAGGAUCCCAGAUGGAGGUCAACUGACGACUUUGUGGCACUCAAAGAUCUACUCACACUUUUCGUUGAAAAGGGAGCAGACAUCCACCAAAGAACACACACCGGCCAGUCCCUGCUCCACGUUGCACAGAAUAAUCCCACCUGGGUGCGCUUGCUGCUCGAUGCAGGGAUCGAUGCCAACGUUACCAACAACGAGGGCUGUGCGCCCCUCCAUAUGGUACAUUCUACCGAGUCCCUAACCCUGCUUGUUGUAUAUGGCAAAGCAGAUAUCAAUAAGAGGAUUCCAUCAACCGGUAAAACCCCUCUUCUGCAAGUAGUUGAUACUUCCUUACCAGCUGCCCUCCAACUCAUCAAGUACGGCGCCGAUUGCACCAUUACCGACAACAACGGUAAUGGCCCACUGCACAUCGCCUUGCAGUCGUUGUGGACCAACCGUGAACUUAUCAAGGCGCUCAUUGAAGGUGGAGCUGACCCCAAUCUGAAGAACGAGUGCGGCACGAGACCCCUGGACGUCAUGUCCUUACAGAGGCGGGAAUCAGUCGAAAUCAUGGACCUUUUGCUUGAAGCUGGUGCCAACAUCAACGCAAAAGACAAGAACGGCGCAACACUUCUCUUCCGAGUGGUUCCUAGUGGUUGCUUCUGGCCGAAGAAGCAUCCCAACGACGACGUCAAGGCACUGCUGGAUCGCGGUUCUCUCUUAGAGACUCGCGAUUCCCGAGGGCGUACCCUUCUCCAUGAGCUCAUCAGGCUGUAUUCAGACGUUUCUUCCAUUCACAGCGCUGACAGUUCGAAGCCUUCUCGAUUCGACUUUCUAAGGAGUCAAGGCCUCGAUGUCCACGUCACGGAUUACGAUGGCAACAAUUUGCUUCAUGAACUCUGCUGGCACCGUCGUGCCCAUGACUUUGAUUCACGGGAGAUCAUGCUGGCUUGGGAACAUCUGUUGUCUCUAGGUCUCGAUGUUGAUCAACAGAACAACAGGGGACGGACACCACUCCAUAACUUGGCAACGAAAGUACAGGGGGAAGGGCUGCCAAUCGACUUGGUCAUCUCGCGUACGAAGAAUAUGAAUGUCCGCGAUCGCGACGGCAUUGCUCCGCUGCAUCUCGCGGUCACGGUAUCAGAGCAAUACACCAAAAAGCUGUUGGACGCUGGCGCUGACCCUGCGAUCCGUACUAACGAGGGCCUGACGCCGUUGCAUCUCGCUUCGAGGUCCCGGCAAAGCAACAUUGUCGGACUGCUUCUCGAUGCACUCCAUCAAGCGGACGGUGUUGCGUCUAACGUCAGGUCAAAGAUUGCCACGCGAGGGUAUUGGCUGCAUAAUACAUGUAGCAAGCCAGUCGCCGGAGUUAAUGUAGCAGACAAGAGCGGUUACACGCCCCUGUAUUACGCGUGUCGCUCUGGGAGGCCCGAAAUCGUCUCCAUGCUCUUCAAAGCAGGUGCAGUUGCGCAAAAUGGCAAUCUUUGCGCUGCCGUCGUUGGCUUUGAGCAAGAGUAUGACCUCUGGCUAAGAAGACCUGUCCGUGAACCCGAGAACGGAGAUGCCGGCGGGCUCAAGCUCGAAGAUGUGUCUCGUCCGUGGGGUGUGAUAGGGACUCGACUCGCUCAGGGAAGAAGACCUUUAGGUCCGCCUGGGCCAUUUUACAAGUCACAACCAAGUUUGGGAAGCUUCUAUGAACAUCUUAUUAAGAAUCGCCAUGAAGCUAUUAUCAAGGCAAUACAAGAGUCUGGAAUAGUCAAAAAGGGCGAAGCGAACGAGGACUUGGUCCUGUCGAGGCUAGUACGGCGCGAAUAUGAGGUGAUGGAGGAGCUCUUUAAUUUGGGGGUGGAUUUCCUCACCGAACAGAAGAAUCUGAGGAGUUCCAACCUAGAAGUUCUCGUCACCAGAGGGCUCGCCUUUCUUGUCGACCGAAUAGGCUCACUUGAGGCGAAGGUGCAGUUUGAAAAAGGCAUUUGGCAUGCGGCAGGAGACAAAACUCGACCCGGAUUCGGACUCAACACCAAAUGGGCUUGCAACGAGUCCAGUAACAGGAACAGUGUUCGGAAACCUUUCCUCUUACAAGCUGUUGAUCAGGAAUUACCGGUGCUUGAAGUUGUUCAGCUUCUUGUGGAUAAGUUUGCGGUUGACACCAAUGAGCUGUAUAUUAAUGGCGCUCGAAAUUCCAUGCUGACCGAAAGCGCCCUCCACUCGCUUGCCGCAGGCCACUGGUGGUGGCAAGUUGGGCAGGCACUGCCUUAUUUGAUCAGUAAGGGUGCAGACCUAGAGAUUAGGAAUUCCAAGGGACAGACGCCUCUUCAUGUUGCUCUAGGUGGCGGGGACUCCAAUGGGCCUUACCAUAGCGAUGCGGCUCAUCUGCUCAUUCUUGCUGGAGCUGAUGUCAACGCAGUGGAUGGCACGGCAAAAACGUGUCUUGGUUAUGCGCGUGGCAACGUUGACUUGAUUCGUCUGCUUAUUGAGCGUGGGGCGGCAGUGAAGGCGGACGCGAUAUUUGCGGCCAUCAACGGAAAGCAGGUUGACGUGCUUGAGACGCUACUGACGGCAGGUGUUAGUCCAAACCUGCGAUUGGAAGAGAUUAUCGGCAAGCCUUGGAGGAAACGCCAACAUUCCGGCUCUCAUGAGUGGGAAAGAGAUGACAUGCCGGACUGCGAGUGGUACCCUGUGCACCACGCCGCCUCAAGGUACGCUAGUACUUGGCAAGACAAGAAGUUCAGGGAAGAACUUAACGAGACUACUCUGAAGAUUAUUAACAUUCUUCUGUCUCAUGGAGCGAACCCUCUUCAAACCUUCACCAGAUGCUCGACGAAAGAGUGUUAUCAUCAGAAGUUUCUUGCUAAGGAACAGGCAGCGGACUUGCGGUCCGAUAACAAUGAGAAUCAACAACUUAAUGACGACAUUCUAAUUCAGCCGACUGACGACUCGAAAUCCCAUCUCCACGAGGAAGGUGUCGUGCUGCACCAGUUGUUAGUUGAUGGGCAUGUCGUGUAUCCUUUUCUGACACUGCCGAAUAUCGACGCGAAUUUCCGUGACAGCAAAGGCCGCACUCUCUUCCAUGCGGCGUGCUUCUCCAGACGCGGACCUGAUCUACCAGUAAGUCUCAUGCCAGGAGAACAGUGGGAAACCGAAGAAUCGACAGAGACUUCGCUCUUCCACCAUCUUCUCUCCAUCGGCGCAGACCUCGAGGCGCGCGACGAUGAUGGACGAAAUGCAAUCCAUCACUUAUUACGGUUCCGCUUGGAAGAGCGCUACUGCUCAGUAUCAUUACCUGUCAUCCACAAGUCGCUUGCCUAUAUGGCCACGUAUCACCACUCGAUAAUCAACCAGAGAGACAAAGACGGGAAGACGCCGUUAUAUCUGGCUACCGGCCGCGCUGUCUAUGAGAAGAAUACAACCGCUGCAGAGAAACUCCUAAAAGCCGGAGCAGACCCCCUCAUCCCAGACAACGAUGGCAACACAGUUCUUCACGUCUUGUCCCGGAUGCUCUGGAUCUCUAGUCUCCGUAACUUGUUCGAGGAGCUUGUCAAUCACGGAUGUGACGUCAAUUCUCGCAACUUGAAAGGCGAGACACCAUUGUUCUAUUACUUCAAGCAGUUCGAGAGCAAGGAGAAAGAGUUCUACACCGAACACCUUGAUGGGGUGACCUAUGAUGACGAAGGCGGGCUUGCUGCGUUCGAGGCAGCAAACGCUGACUUCAAGGCCCUGGAUAAUGCAGGUCAGGGUUUGCUACACAUGGCGGCUAGAGGACACGCUGUCAGGUUCAAGACUCUGGCUGCAAGGGGUCUGGAUCCCAUGAUCGAGGACAACCAGCGUAAGACGGCGCUGGAUGUGGCGGCUGCAUGCGGAAACAUUGGCGUGUUGAGACUAUUCAAGCGCGGAGAUGCCGUGGACGACCUUGAAGAGGACCGUAGUUCCGUUGACCCGAAGACUUUCUUCGGGCUUUGA